AAUACCUUUUCUUUUAUCAUCUUCAAAGAAUUUUUAUAAGUUACUCCAUUUGCUAAGAAUUCACUAACCAUGGAAGGAGUUGAUGUACCUUCAUAUUUUGUCUGUCCAAUAUCAUUAGAGAUCAUGAAAGAUCCGGUAACGGUCGCAACCGGCAUUACAUAUGAUCGGGAAAGUAUCGAGCAGUGGCUAAAAUCUUCAUCAGAUUGUCCUGUUACAAAGUUGGCGUUACCUAAAGAUACAGAUCUAACACCAAACCAUACUCUACGUAGGUUGAUACAAGCGUGGUGCACGAUUAAUGCAUCAAAUGGUGUUGACCGGAUACCGACACCGAAGUCACCUCUCAAUAAGAUUCAUGUUCUUAAACUUAUUCAAGAACUUUCUAUUCCAAGGUUGCAAUUGAAGUCCUUGAUGAAACUUGCUGUUCUUGCAUCAGAGAGUGACAAGAAUAGAAAGUGCAUGGUUGAAGCUGGUUUGACCAAGCCAAUAGUCGCAUUCAUUCUCAAAUCAUGCGCAGAGAUCAAUAGUGACGGGUUUGAAGAAGCUUUAAGUAUUCUUCAUCAAAUUUCAACGGUUUCUACUGAUGAAUUCAAGGUUCUUGUCAUGGAAAAGCAAGAAUUCAUCCAUCUGUUAACGCGGGUUUUACGAGCCAAGGAUAAUAACAAUGAAAUCAUGAGAACCCAUGCAGUUUCAAUCUUGAAAUCUACUAUUGAAGUUUCAAGUGUUGGUGUUCUUCAAAAACUAAAUCUCGAUUUCUUUAAAACUAUAGUAAAAAUCGUGAAAGAGAGCAUCUCUCACCAAGCUACAAAAAGUGCACUUCAUAUACUUUUUGAAUCUUGUCAAUUGAGUCAAAACAAGUUGAAGAUCAUUGAAGCUAAUGCAGUUUUAGAACUCAUCGAACUCGAGCUUACUAUACCCGAAAAGAGAAUCACCGAGCUAAUUUUCGGUAUAUUGGAUGGUUUAUGUUCUUGUGCGGACGGACGAGCUAAGUUUCUCGAACAUGCCGGAGGAAUUGCUCUAAUAUCAAAGAGAAUGAUUAGAGUUUCUCCAGUAGUGGAUGAUUUCGCUAUUAAGAUUUUGGCUUCGAUCUGUAAGUUUUCGGCUAGGAAUGAAGUUCUUCAAGAGAUGUUGAAUGUUGGAGAUGAGCACCCAUGGUGAUAUCGAAUACAGCUAUGCGUCCAUCGGUUUCUGUUAGCUCAACAGUCUGUGACGACUUUGAGAGAUGCCAGCGAGAAGGAAUGAAGGGAUCAGGAAUUGGAAAAACUCUGAACUUUUCGGUUACAAUAUCAAAUCUCAGUACUAGUUCUGGUUCACGUGGUGGUCCGUAAAGAUCCCGAAACCGCCAAUAUAAACAACCAUCCAGAUAAUAAGGAUUUCCUGCACAACCUAUACGGAUGGGCGGAGUUGCAUCAAUUCUUCUCCAUGUAUUUUUCCCACAGUAAAGACUUCAACAACUUGAUUAUUAUUAUUAAUUUUAAACGGAUUACAGAUACUAUUAGAUAUGCAGAUGACUCCGUGUUCACCACUCUGUGGAUUAAAUCCAAAUCCAAGUGCAACGCGGCAAUGUUUUGGAGUAUUAGUUUCGAUCCAAAGGUGAUUUUUCUCCAGUGAUAGGGUUAUGUAUGAGAAAUGCCUCACCGGAGGUAAUGCAUAGCAAACCAUUCACACUUUGUUUUGGUAAUGAAUAAGGUGAAUAAGGAUCACGAUCUAAUACUAAUCUCAAUACUUAGUAAUCCUUUAUCAGGUGAAGCAGUAAUGACUUCUAGAAUAUGUAUUUUAGGAUCAUGAGGAGGUUCU